AUGAGCAAGCAAAUGUGUUUUCAAGGAUCUUGUUGGGCGUUCGGAGCUGUCGAAGCGAUGUCGGAUCGAAUUUGCAUUGCCUCGAAAGGAGAAAUUCAGGUUUCGCUUUCUGCUGAUGACCUCCUCAGCUGCUGCAAGUCGUGUGGUUUUGGUUGCAAUGGUGGAGACCCGUUGGCGGCUUGGAAAUACUGGGUAAAGGAUGGAAUCGUGACUGGAUCGAAUUUCACAGCGCAUCAAGGCUGCAAGACUCACUACGAUCCCUGCCGCCACGAUCUCUACCCAACACCGAAGUGUGAGAAGAAGUGUGUGCCGAGCUACAACGAGAAGAGCUACAACGAUGACAAGUACUAUGGAAGAAACGCCUAUGGAGUUAAAGAUGAUGUUACUGCUAUUCAAAAGGAGAUUCUGACCCAUGGUCCUGUUGAAGUAGCUUUUGAGGUGUACGAAGAUUUCCUCAACUAUGCUGGAGGUGUCUAUGUGGUUAGUCUUUCCUCCUUGGAUAUUCUACAAAAUCAGGAGAAAAGAUACUUCUGA